AUGAUACACAUUCUCAAAUUAAGUUACUCUAAUCCUUCAAAAUUACAGAAAAAAGAUGACCUGAAAAACAAGAAGAAAUGGCGUGGAUCAGUCGGAGGGCUAGUUGAUGCGCCCAUAAAUAAAGUGUGGGCAGUCGUAUCUCGAAGUUGUAGGCUGCAGGACUGGAUGCCGAUGGUUGAAAGAUGCACAGAUUUGGGUGGCGAGGAAGGCGUUCCAGGCUACGUCAGACUGGUUUCAGGCUUCAUGUUUCCCCAAGAAGACGGAGAUAGGUCCUGGAUUAAAGAAAGGCUGCUGGCCAUCAACCCUUCAUCCUACAGCUACGUUUAUCAGAUGGAAGCUAGCAAUGUGGGCUUGGAUGGGUCUAUAAAUUCAUUAAAACUUGUGGAGUAUGGGGAGGAUUCCACCCUUGUUGACUGGUCCUUCGAGAUUGAUCCCGUGGAGGGUGCCUCCGAGGAUUAUACCAUAGAUUAUUUAGCUUUCCUUUAUAAAUCUUGUAUCAAGAGGAUUGUUGGUGCCAUAGAAACCUCGGAUGGAAAUAGCAAGUAGAUCCCACCGUCAGGUGCACACCCAUUGUAUCUCGGACCCCGCACCUAACAUUUGUGAUGUGUAUUACUAAUGGCAUUGUGAAGCAUUUUAGACCUUAAAAAUGCAGAAAA